GGACAGAGGCAGGUUUCCAACCACCAUCAUUCACACCUAAGAGCACUCAGACUCUGUAGCCUGACAUUUUGAAGAACAACAAAAUUUCCUCUUGACUUGAUAAUAUAAUACACGCAGAGAGAGAGAAGGAAAGCAUCCAAGUGUGUGAUUGUGGGACACCAUGUGGGACGUUACAAAAGUGUCACUACUCCUGUCUUUCCUGGUGGCAGUGGCAGCGGCUCAAGGGCCCUUCAGGAACAGCUCCCUGCUCAGGAAGUGGAGUCAGACAGACAGGAGCAGGAAGCUGGCCUACAACUUGCUGACUGAGCCACAGCAGACCACAGGCGUGACUGAAUGGACGUCCUGGUUCAACAUCGACCAUCCAGGGGGGAAUGGAGACUACGAGCGGUUAGAAGCCAUCCAGUUCUACUACAGGGAGAGGGUGUGUGCCCGGCCGGUGGCCAUGGAGGCCCGCACCACGGACUGGGUAGCAGCAACAGAGACUGGGGAGGUGACUCACUCCAGCCUGGAGAAGGGCUUCUGGUGCAUCAACAAGGAGCAGCCCUACGGACGCAUCUGCUCCAACUACUACGUCCGCUUCCAGUGCCCACCAGUUCAGGCCUACUGGAUGGACUGGUCUGCCUGGGGCCCCUGCUCUGCUACAGCCUGUAAUGACGUGGGCAUUCAGGUCCGUCAGAGGAAGUGUAUGAGCAUCCAGCCCAUGCCCUUGCUACUGGUUCCGCCGUGCCAGGGGCCCCAGACAGAGAGGAUGGAGUGUGCCACCCUGCCAUGUGAAGCCAAGUGGACUCAGUGGGGUACGUGGGGAGCAUGCUCAGUGACCUGCGGCAAGGGUCGCAGGAUCAGAAGGAGGACCUGUGUGAGAACCUCUAUAACAGUGCAGUGUGUUGGACGAGCAGCUGAAAUCCAGAAAUGUGGGAAAUAUCCAUGCCCGACCAAAUGUAAGCGUGAGUGUCCCGAUGGCCGUCCCAGUGAGGACUGUAGCCGCUGUGUGUGUGUGGGCCACAUGCUCCAAGGAGAGGUACUUAGUAUGACCGGUGUCCCCGUGAUGGGGGCCAGGAUAGCGCUGGCCAGCCGACCCAAGAUAAUCCGUACCCGCACUGACGCCAAAGGCCUCUUCAGGCUCCCAGGGGUCUGCUCCAGUUCCCCCAGCCAGCUCUACAUCAGGAAGGAGAAGUUUGCCCCGGCCACUGCAUCCACCUCCAGCAACAGCAGUGGGUCAUCCUGGGUACGGGCAGUCCUAAAGUACGCAGAGAAGCCAUACAUUGUAAAGCACCCAGAGGACAAAGUGCGCUAUGAGGGACAGCGUGUGAUGUUAUGCUGCAAGGCAGCAGGGGAGCCCAUGCCAGACAAAUACUACUGGUAUCACAAUAGGACCCUAUUGGACCGGAACAUGUUCAAAUAUGAAGAGGAUCUGGUGCUGAGAGACCUGAAGCCUGAGCAGACAGGACAUUACUACUGUAAAGCCAGCAGCCAGACAGGAAGCAUCAAGUCCUCACAGGCAUUCCUCAGCGUUAUCGCUAAAGGCAUGCAGGCAUGCAACCCCACACCUAAGAACCACCUCAUUAGGCUGCCCAUGGACUGUGUUCAGCCUGGGACUGACUCUAAGCUCUACAACGCUGGCCGCUGCACCCACAACAAGUGUGUAGGCUCCCUGGACUUCGACUUGCGCUGCAGGGAUGGAGGUGGCUACUGCUGCGGGGUCCAGAAGAUGGAGAGCCGGGUGAUCAACUGUGGGAGCUACAGCCUACCCAUCAAAGCUGUGACUGAGUGUGGCUGCCUGAAGUGUGUGGUGCCCAAGGUGCUUGUGCGUGGCAGGGUGGUCACAGUUGACAACGAUGAACCACUGCGUUUCGGGCACAUGUAUGUUGGCAAGGAGAGAGUGGGCACCACAGGGUACAAAGGAGGUUUCACGCUCAAUAUAACUCCAGACACAGAGAGGCUAGUGGUCAACUUUGUGGAUCCCACAGAAAAAUUCAUUGACACUCCUAAGGUGUUUAUCUUUGACAAGAGAGGGGGCUCUGUUUAUCAUGACGUGAAGGUGAUGAGAAAGCAGGAACCCAUUGAUAUCAAUGCUGGAGAGACAAAUACCAUUGACUUAGGAGAAAUCAAAGGAGAGGACCCCAUUGGACAGAUUGUCAUACCUCCAAAUUCUUUCCACAAAAAAAAUGGGGAGGUGUACGAAGGUACGGUGAAAGCCAGUGUCACCUUCAUUGACCCCAGGAACAUCACCACAGCUGCUGCAGCGCCUGGUGAUCUCAACUUUGUGGACGAUGAGGGUGACAUGCUUCCACUGAGGACAUAUGGGAUGUUUUCCGUUGACUUCAGAGAUGAUACGAACCAGGAAGUCCUAGGGGCUGGAGCGGUCCAAGUACUCCUCGACACGCAGCACGUCAAAAUGCAAGAACACAUUCCCAAAAUGAAACUGUGGUCCCUCAACCCAGACACAGGUGUCUGGGAGGAGGAGAGUGACUUUCACUACACUCAGACCACAUCUGGUGGUAAUGGACGGCGCAAGCGAGAGGAGCGCACUUUCCUCAUAGGUAAUAUGGAAAUCAGGGAGCGUCGACUUUUCAACCUGGAUGUGCCUGAGAACCGCCGCUGCUACGUCAAAGUGAGGACAUACAUGAGUGACAAAUUCCUGGCCACUGAGCAGUUGGAAGGUGUGGUCAUCAGCCUGAUAAACUUGGAGCCCAAGCCUGGCUUUUCCUCUAACCCCAGAGCAUGGGGUCGCUUUGACAGUGUGAUAACUGGACACAACGGAGCCUGCCUGCCAGCCUUCUGUGAUGCUCAGGUGCCUGAUGCUUACACAGCUUACGUCACAGGCAUUAUGGGUGGUGAAGAACUGGAAGCAGCUCCCUCAACCCCCAAGAUGAACCCAAACAUCAUUGGAGUGUCUCAGCCAUAUUUAGACAAGAUAGACUACCAGCGUUCAGACCACAAUGAUCCAGCUCUUAAGAAAACAGCCUUCAGAAUCAACUUGGCAAAACCCAACCCCAAUAAUUUGGAAGAGACCAACGGGCCAAUAUACCCCUACCAGAGUUUAAUAUCCUGUGAAAAUGCUGAAGUCAAUGCCAACCAUUUCCGAUUCUUCAGAGUGGAAAAGGACAAAUACGAAUAUAACGUUGUGCCCUUUCAAGAGAACGACUUAACAUCAUGGACAGGUGACUACCUCUCUUGGUGGCCCAACCCACAAGAGUUCAGGGCUUGCUUCAUCAAGGUCAAGAUCCAGGGACAACGGGAGGUUAUGAUAAGGUCACAGAACCAUGGAGGCACCCACCCUGAGACUGCAGGCCAGCUGUACGGCAUCAGAGACAUUCGCAGUACCCGCGACAUGCACGUGGCCAACAUCUCAGCAGCUUGCCUCGAGUUCAAGUGCAGUGGUAUGCUCUUCGACCAAGCCGCAGUCGAUAGGUCCCUCAUAUCAGUCCUCCCACAGGGCAACUGUAGGAGAGUGGGCAUCAACAGCCUCUUAAAGGAGUAUCUCACCAAGCACCCCCCUACCUCACCGAACAAUGAGUCCCAUGCCUUCAACAUGCUGGCCCCAGUCGACCCCUUGGGGCACAACUAUGGCAUCUACACAGUCACGGACCAGAACCCAAGGGUGGCAAAAGAGAUCGCCAUUGGACGCUGUUUUGACGGUACCUCUGACGGCUUCUCCAGAGAGAUGAAGUCAGACACUGGGGUUGCUCUGACCUUCAGCUGCCCAGAAAGGACUUUAACCAGGGAGAGUCUCUUCCAACGCCUCCAGACAAACCCCAGCCAGACCCUGUCUCAGAUGGCAAGGGACAUGAGGGAGGCACAGGGGCUGCAGGCCCGAGGAAGGUCCUCCCGGGUAGUGACCUACCCCUCUGAAUCCACGAGCCGCAGAUCCAGCUCCUCUAGCAGGAGGAGAUCUACGAUGCGGACACAGAACCGGCAGUAGAUCUGCCGUUAAUAAGUCUUUGGGUUAGAAAUGAAGAUGACGUACUCUCACAAACAAAAGAAGGAAAUGUCAAGUUGUGUCAGCCUGGUGAUGUUGGAUGUGAACUUUCUCUGAACACAGUACGGUAAUCUAUUGAAGCAGUAACUUCUCCAGCAAAACCACACAGGAGAGCGAAAUUAAGACUUUUUUUCCUCUGAAACUUACUGGAAGGGUUUGGCAAUACAUAUCAGUA